UCGGAGCCCACGUGUUCGAGGAGCAUGGCGGAGAUGGAGAGUGAGGACGUCGCAGAGACUAUGUCCCCGGGGGGAGCGACGAAGAGCGGCGCCCGGCCUGCCGACCGCCAUGGUCUGCUGAAGCACAGCCGCGAGUUCUUGGACUUCUUCUGGGACAUUGCGAAGCCGCAGCAGGAGACGCGGCUUGAGGCCACGGAGAAGCUGCUGGAGUAUCUGCGCACAAGGCCAGAGGGAUCCGAGAUGAAGUACGCCCUGAAGCGCCUCAUCACUGGCCUCGGGGUCGGGCGAGAAACCGCCCGGCCUUGCUACAGUCUGGCCCUGGCACAGCUGUUGCAGUCUUUCGAAGACAUACCCUUGUGCAGCAUCCUGCAGCAGAUACAAGAGAAGCAUGACCUGCAGAAGGUUAAGAAGGCAAUGAUGAGACCUGCUCUCUUUGCAAACCUGUUUGGAGUGCUAGCUCUCUUUCAGUCAGGCAGGCUGGUGAAGGACUCGGAGGCACUGAUGAAGUCGGUGAAGCUGCUCCAGACCCUGGCCCACUACUACAACCACUUGCAGGAGCAGCCCCAGAAGGCCCUGGUGGACAUCCUCUCUGAGGUCCCAGAGGCCACGUUGCAGGAGGUCCUGCCGAAGGUCCUCAAGGCCGACUUGAAUUCCGUACUUGGCUCCCCUGAGCACCUGCAGCUCUUCCUCCUGGCCCAGCAGAAGGUGCCCGCAGAGCUCGAGAAGCUGAUGGGAUCGGUCAACCUGUUCUCAGACGAGAAUAUCCCCAGACUGGUGAGCGUCCUGAAGACAGCUGCUGCCUCUGUGAAGAGGGAGCGCAGGCUGCCCACCGUGGCUCUGGACCUGCUCCGCCUGGCGCUUCAGGAGGACAAGUUCCCGCGGUUCUGGAAGGAAGUUGUGGAGCAAGGGCUACUGAAGAAGCACUUCUGGCCAGCCAGCUACCUAUGUUUCCGCCUGCUGGGCGCGGCCCUGCCUCUGCUGUCCAAGGAGCAGCUGCAGCUGGUGAUGCAGGGAGACGUGAUCCGACAUUAUGGGGAGCACCUGGUCACUGCUAAGUUCCAAAGCCAGUUCAAGUUCGCCCCAGAGAUGAACGAGUACGUGGGUGCCUUCCUGGAGGGCUGCCAGGAUGACCCCGAGCGGCAGUUGGCUGUGGUGGUGGCCUUCACGUCCAUCACCAACCAGGGCCUCCCCGUCGUGCCUACCUUCUGGCGGGUCGUGCGGUUCCUGAGUGCCCCUGCCCUCAAGGGCUACAUGGCCUGGCUGCGGGACAUGUUUCUCCAGCCCGACCUGGACUCCUUGGUGGACUUCAGCACCAGCAACCAGAAGAAAACCCAGGACGCUUCGCUGCAUGUGCCUGAGCGAGCUGUGUUCCGGCUACGGAAGUGGAUCAUCCUUCGCCUGGUCAGCAUCGUGGACAACGUGCACGUGGAGAAGGAUGAGGCCUUCAUUGAGGAGGUGGCCAGGUUUUGUUUUUUCCAUGCCUUCUUUGAGACCAAGAAGCCCACGUCUCAGAUCCCAGAGACUGAGCAGCGGUUCUCCUUCCCUCUGGAGAGCCGGGCCCGAGAGGUCGUCAGCAGUGCCUUCUUCAGCCUGCUGCAGACCCUCAGCACACAGUUCAGACAGGCACCGGAGCAGACCCGGGAUGGGCAGCCCUGGACCUACCACCUGGUACAGUUCGCAGACAUGCUGUUGAGCCACAGCCGCAACGUGGCCGCCCUGACAUCGUUCACUCCGCAGCAGCGCCAGGCCUGGGACCGGAUGCUGCAGACUCUGAAGGAACUGGAGGCCCGCUCCUCAGAGGCCAAGGCCAAGGCCACUGCCUUCCAGCACCUGCUACUCCUGGUGGGCAUCCACCUCUUCAAGUCCCCCGCAGAGAGCUGCGACCUCCUAGGCGACAUUCAGACCUGCAUCAAGAAGAGCCUGGGGGAGAAGAGCCGCCGGACCCGCUCCAAGGCCGUCAACCCCCAGGAGCCGCCGUGGGUGGAGGUGCUGGUGGAGAUCCUGCUGGCCCUCCUGGCCCAGCCCAGUCACCUCAUGCGCCAGGUGGCCCGGAGUGUGUUUAGCCACAUCUGCUCCCACCUCACUCCCCGUGCCCUGCAGCUAAUCCUGGAUGUUCUGAACCCCGAGAAGAGCCAGGACGAGGAUGACAAUGUGGUAGUCAUGGAUGAUUCUGAGGAGAAGCAGCUGGAGAGCGUGGAGGACAAGAGCGAAGACAGCGAGGACAACAAAAACUCGGAGGAUGAGGAGGACAGUGACGAGGAGGAGAGCGACGAGGAAGAUCGGGACGGGGACGUGGACCAGGGCUUCCGGGAGCAGCUGAUGGCAGUGCUGCAGGCAGGGAAGGCGCUGGGUGGAGCAGACAGCGAGGAGGACGAUGAGGAGGAGCUGGGGGACGAGGCCAUGAUGGCCCUGGACCAGAACCUCGCCAGCCUCUUUGCCGAGCAGAAACUGCGCAUCCAGGCGCGGAGAGACGAGAAGAACAAGCUGCAGAAGGAGAAGAUGCUCCGGCGGGACUUCCAGAUCAGGGUCCUGGACCUGAUCGAGGUGCUGGUGACCAAGCAGCCCGAGAACCCCCUGGUCCUGGAGCUGCUCGAGCCGUUGCUGAACAUCAUCCGGCGCAGCAUGCGCACCAGCAGCACCAAGCAGGAGCAGGACCUGCUACACAAGACGGCCCGCAUCUUCACACACCACCUGUGCCGCUCCCGGCACUACUGCCACGAUGUAGGCAGCUACGUGGAGACGCUGUAUACCCAGGUGGAGCGGCUGGUGCAGCAGGCCAGCCACCAGGCCGACUCCUCCCUCUCCCUCUACUACUUCAAUGCCUCUCUCUACCUGCUGCGGGUCUUGAAGGGCAACACUGCUGACAGGUCCAUCCCCAAGAGCCAGAAGAAGGAGAGAGCUGGCCCUGACACCAGCACCAAGCCCAAGGGACCAGAGGCUCCCAGCUCUUUGGAUUUGAGCCUCGUGACCCCAAUCUACUCCUCGGCGCUGAGCUCCUUCCUGACCAAGCGCAACAGCCCGCUCACCGUUCCCAUGUUCCUCAGCCUCUUCUCCCGGCACCCGGUGCUCUGCAAGAGCCUGCUCCCCGUCGUGGUCCAGCACGUGACAGGCCAAACGCGGCCCCGCCAUCAGGCCCAGGCCUGCCUGCUGCUCCAGAAGACCCUGCCCACGCGGGAGCUGCGACUGUGCUUUGAGGACCCCGAGUGGGAGCAGCUGGUCGGCCAGAUCCUGGCGAAGGUCACUGAGAACCUGCGGACGCUGGGUGAGGCCCAGACCAAGUUGGAGCACCAGAAGGAGCUGUCCUCCUUGGAGCUGCUCAACGUUCUUUUCAAGACUAUUAAUCAUGAGCAGCAGCCUUCCGCCUCUCUGCAGAAGCUGACUACGGACUUGACCGUCGUCCGGGGUGUGCUGCAGAGCCGACAGCCGGGGCUGCAGCAGGGGGAGCGCUCGACCGGGUCCGGCCGCCUCUACGACCUCUACUGGCAGGCCAUGAAGAUCCUUGGAGUCCCGCGCCCCAAGUCAGAGAAGAAGGAUGCCAAGGAAGUCCCCAAUGCCACGCAGAGCCCCAUUAGCAUGAAGCGGAAGAAAAAGGGAUUCUUGCCAGAGACCAAGAAACGUAAGAAACGGAAGUCGGAGGGCACCACACAAGAGGAGGAUGCCAAGCCUGCAGUCACCAGUGGGAGCCAGCCCCCCAGCACCGGCAAGAAGAAGAGGAACAGGAUGAAGGCCAAGGUCCCAGCUCAGUCCCACGUGAACGGGACGCCUGCUGCCAAGAGUCCAGCCCCAGACCUCCCUGCCACGAGCCCCAGCACCCCUGCCAAGACCCCAAAGCUGCAGAAAAAAAAGCGGAAGCUGUCCCAGGUGUAUGGAGCCACUCCCGUGUCCCCCAUGGAGCCUGCCAAGACUCCAGCCCCAGACCCCCCUGCCACGAGCCCCAGCACCCCUGCCAAGACCCCAAAGCUGCAGAAAAAAAAGCGGAAGCUGUCCCAGGUGAAUGGAGCCACUCCCGUGCCCGCCACGGAGCCUGCCAGGAAUCUGGCCCCAGACGCUCCUGCCACGAGCCCCAGCACCCCUGCCAAGACCCCAAAGCUGCAGAAAAAAAAGCAGAAGCUGUCCCAGGUGAAUGGAGCCACUCCCGUGCCCCCCACGGAGCCUGCUGGCAUAAAGCAGCAUCAGAAAAGUCUGCCCAAAAAGAGCAUUUCAGGCAAAUCGCCACAGUCUGCGCUGCCCCGGAAAAAGGCGAGAUUGUCUUUGGCCAACAGGAGCCCCAGCCUCCUCCAGAGUGGGGCCAAGAAAAAGAAAGUGCAGCUGAGGAAGGGGAGAAAGCCCUGAAUGCAGGCCCUGCCCCUCGGCCCCUCCCCCAUCAGCCCUGAAGACUCCUAUUUUUUCACCAUGAUUUUAAUAAACAAGCCACUGUGUGA